GUCUGUAAGCAACGGGCAGAUGUUGGCCAAUCCCAGUCUGUCCAACUCCAGGUCAUUCAUUCGUCUUGGUUUAGCUAUUUCUGUUUUAUUACCCUCCUGAACUUCUGUAACGUCUAAGACAGCGGAGUUGUCCUCUUUCGUAGCUGUCUGUUCUUGUUUUGUGGUGUAGCUCUUUCUUUUUUUGUCCUGGUGCUGGUACUUUUAUGUCUUUGUGUACAUUAGGCCACGAAUUCGUAUGGAAUGGCCUCCAACAGCUCAGGCCCUUUUCCGUUAGUCCUCACAAAGUGUGCUUCUCUGGGUGGUGCAGGCUGGCGCUUCAGCUGCACCCAGGUGCCCUUCUCUUUGGCUUCCUUUUUCUUCUGGUCGUUCUCCUUCACCCGCUUCAGGAAGCUGUCCCUGCUCUUUGAGUGUUUGAUGUGCUCAAUUCACACAUUGAUCCUCUUGGCCAGAAUUUUGCCCUUAACCUGCUUGUUGACAAUGAUGCCCACGGCAUGCUGGGUGACACUGUAGACUCUUCCGGUUUUGCCGGUAGCACUUAUGGGGCAUUCCUUUUUGAACAGUGCCCGAUCCCUUGAUGUCUACAAUAUCACCCUUCUUGUAGAUUUGCAUGUAUGUGGCCAAAGGAACAAUGCCAUGUUUCCUAAAAGGCCUAGAGAACAUAUACGGGGGGCCUCUCCUCUUUCCCUUUGUGUUCGUCAUUUUGGCGAGUUACUGGAAGAUGGCUGCUGUGGUGUAGUUCUUAAACAGCUUUCCCUGAAUGCCUCUCCCUGUAUGCUGGUGGCCUUCUCCCUCCUGCUGAUCCACUGGGCUUGUGGAGAAAGGAUCAAGUUGGUUGGUGGAGUAGUGCUAUUACCUUCUAAGUCACCCUGUUGAGGUGGGGCUGGAAAGACAAAAACAAUGUGGCCUCUUGGAGUCUCACUUGGUUGUCCUCCACACCCUUCCUGACCGUUGUUAAGGUCAGUGUUACUUGGUUCUUUUCUGUAAAGUUUAGAAAGUAUCCCGAGGCUGUGGCUGCUCUUGUUUAAAGAGGUCAUGACAGGCCGUUGGUGUCAGGUGUUGAGUCAUGAGUGAGUGGGACUGCUCUUCCACUCUUCUGUGCUUUCUGAGUUUUUUGGGACACAGGUGAAUAAGUGAAACACAGAAUUGGUCUGUGGUAACAGUUUUUUGGAACCAGGAAGGAUUAAAUUUAUUUGUUGUAGGUCAGUGAAGCAAAACUAGAUGAAAUUGCCCUUUUUAUGGACAAAGUUGGACAGGACACAUUAGCCUUUUGAUUCAGUUCAGCGUGGAAUUCAUGAAGUGGCUCCCAUGCUUCCUUAUAGGAUGGUCUAGCUUAGUGGAUUUAUGAUGACACAAAGGUACCCACACAGCUUUCACUUUCAGUAUAUAGAAUUCAGUAGAUUACAAACAUACCUACUGCUGGGUUAGGUGGUAUUGUUUGACAGGGCUGAUGUAGGCACCAUGAGACCAGUUAAGGCGGAUGCAGCUACACAGGGGCUGAGGUAGGUUAAAUGCAUUUUGACUUAAUUUAUGAUGGAUUUACUGGGGGCUGAAUUCACCAUAGGGCCAGGAACAUCUGCUUUUGUUAUAUUUGCUUAUUGGUCUAUGGAUAUAUAUAGUCAUACUAAUUAGUUAAAUAGCCAUUUCUAUUGCAAGCUAUUCUGGAACAUUCAACUAACUGUAAGGGUCUUUUAUCAACAAUAAAUGUUAACUUCUCCUUUCCUGGAUGAAGAAGUUUAACUGUGAGGAAAUUAAAACAACUUGCUUAUGAACACAUUGUUUUAUUGCAAGUUGGUGACUUAAAUUCAGGUCUCCUGGCCCUGGGCUAGUAUAGGCUGAGCACUUAGCACAACUGGAAAAGGACCUGGAAAUGCACCUAUUCAUACCUUGCUGCUGUGGCCACGUGUUGAAACAGUAUAUGGAGCAGGCUUGUCCUUGUCCUCCUGCCACCAGGACCACAGGGCCCGGGGUCCUCCCUGAUGAUGUGGCCCUGCAGUGUGCCUAUGGUCAGGCUUCCAAAGACACGUCCAUCAGCAAUGGAUUGCAACACUGCAGAGUUGGAUGGAAAUGGCCACGGCCUCCGCUGCCUGUGGGAUUCUGCUCUGCGCAGUGGGAGAAUGAAUGUUCGCUAGUUACUUUGUAUCUCUUGCAGGCAUUCUUCUUGGAAUUGGCUAACAGCUUUUGGAUGCUCUUGCUCUUUAAGCUUUCUCAAAACUGUAAACAACUUCAGUAAGCUUUGCAGAAGGAAGCUGUGGUUUCUGGUCUUCCUGUGUGCUCAUGUUUUUUAGAGGGAGGGCUUAGCAUCUGAUCAUAUUUUUCAAACGUCUCAAAGGGGACUAGAAGAGGCACAGCAGCUGUCCGCAGAAGGGGAGGAACCAGGAUUCCUCCAAAGAAACUUUUGCAACUGCAGUGCCCCUGGAGAUCUCCCAUGGAGAACGAGCCUGGAAUUGUGUCGCCAUUUAAACGAGUAUUCCUAAAAGGUGAAAAGAGUAGAGAUAAGAAAGCCCAUGAGAAGGUGACAGAGAGGCGCCCUCUGCACACUGUGGUGCUGGCGUUACCUGAGCGCGUCGAGCCAGACAGACUGCUGAGCGACUAUAUUGAGAAGGAGGUGAAGUAUUUAGGUCAGUUAACAUCCAUUCCCGGCUACCUGAACCCUUCCAGUAGGACGGAAAUCCUGCAUUUCAUAGACAAGGCAAAGCGGUCCCACCAGCUUCCUGGGCACCUGACUCAGGAGCACGAUGCUGUGCUCAGUCUGUCUGCCUACAAUGUCAAGUUGGCCUGGAGGGACGGGGAGGACAUUAUCCUCAGGGUGCCCAUCCAUGAUAUCGCUGCUGUCUCCUAUGUCCGAGAUGAUGCUGCACACCUGGUGGUCCUGAAGACAGCCCAGGACCCAGGCAUCUCUCCCAGCCAGAGUCUGUGUGCAGAAAGUUCUAGAGGCCUCAGCGCAGGUUCCUUGUCAGAAAGUGCAGUGGGGCCAGUAGAGGCAUGUUGCCUGGUCAUCAUGGCCACAGAGAGCAAGGUCGCCGCUGAAGAGUUGUGCUCCCUGCUCAGCCAGGUCUUCCAGAUUGUUUACACGGAGUCCACCAUCGACUUUCUGGACCGAGCAAUAUUUGAUGGGGCUUCCACACCUACCCACCACCUGUCGCUGCACAGUGAUGACUCUUCCACGAAAGUGGACAUGAAGGACAGUUACGAUGCUGACGCCAGCACCUUCUGCUUCCCGGACUCUGGGGAUGUGGGAGGCCUGCCGCCCUUACCCUUCUGCAUGCAGACAUCACCCCAUAGCAAGACUGUCAGUGAGAGCGAGCUGAGCACCAGCGCCACGGAACUGCUGCAGGACUACAUGCUCACGUUACGUACGAAGCUGUCAUCACAGGAGAUCCAGCAGUUCGCAGCUCUGCUACAUGAGUACCGCAAUGGGGCCUCUAUCCAUGAGUUUUGCAUCAGCCUGCGGCAGCUCUAUGGGGACAGCCGCAAGUUCCUGCUACUUGGUCUCAGACCCUUCAUACCUGAGAAGGACAGUCAGCACUUUGAAAACUUCCUGGAGACCAUUGGCGUGAAAGACGGCCGUGGCAUCAUCACUGACAGCUUUGGUAGGCAUCGUCGUGCCCUGAGUACCACCUCCACAUCCACCAUCAAUGGGAACAGGACCACAGGCAGCCCUGAUGACCGCUCUGCGCCCUCAGAGGGGGAUGAGUGGGACCGCAUGAUUUCAGACAUCAGUAGUGAUAUUGAAGCGCUAGGCUGCAGCAUGGACCAGGACUCAGCGUGAAGGAGCGGGACAGCACACACUUGUCUCACACAGCCAUCCCAGGCCUUCCUGGGAGGAGUGCCCAGACCUGAGUGCCAGCCUUUCCCAGCUUGGAGCUAGGGAGGGGCUGAAGAGAAAGGUAGCUCUGGUGGCCAGGUCCUCUACUGUGAAGGAGUGGAGAGCUGCCACAGGACAUGUGCCCCACAGGGCAGAAACCUCUGUGCCUAUUCCUCAGGGGCUCAGCAAUGCCUGUAGCAUAUCCCCACUCGGGGAGGGCCAGGGGCAGCUGGCAGGGGAGCCAGUCCUGCCGGCCUGGCCCUGGACAGCUGAUAUUUGCACAUGACUUUCCUCUUCUACUUCUCAGAGACCUUAAAAACAAGUUUACUGCAAUGUGAAUAAUUUAAUCUCCAGUUGUCAAGCA